GGGUGUGGAGUGGCUGGGCCGGCGGACGGUGGCUCCGGGCUGGCGACCCUGGAGGCAGCGGAGCAGGCCGAGGAGGCCGAGGGGCCCGAGGUGCCGGAGGAGGAGGAGGACGAAGAGGAGACGCUGCCUCACUCGGAAGCGGUGGACGUGUUCCAGGAGGGUCUCGCCAUGGUGGUGCAGGACCCGCUGCUCUGCGACCUGCCAAUCCAGGUGACUUUGGAAGAGAUCAACUCCCAGAUUGCACUAGAAUAUGGCCAGGCGAUGACGGUCCGGGUGUCCAAGAUGGACGGAGAAGUCAUGCCUGUGGUCGUGGUGCAGAACGCCACGGUCCUGGACCUGAAGAAGGCCAUCCAGAGAUACGUGCAGCUCAAGCAGGAGCGGGAAGGGGGCGUUCAGCACAUCAGCUGGUCCUACGUGUGGAGGACAUACCACCUGACCUCCGCGGGAGAGAAGCUCACAGAGGACAGGAAGAAGCUCCGCGAUUACGGGAUCCGGAAUCGGGACGAGGUUUCCUUCAUCAAAAAGCUGAGACAGAAGUGAGUCUCCAGGCAAGACAGCCCUGCCACCAGUGGCCAAGCUCCUCUUGGGUCGUGCCCCCUUCACAGAAGGGCUGUUGAUGCAGCCUGGCCGUGCCCAGCGCGAGCUGUCGGGACUGAGCAGCGCGGGGCGGGGCUAGUUCUUCCCGGGAGCAUGACCUGAGCCUGUUUUUACCUGAGGGUAAGCACCGAGUCACCCAGCAGACCCCCUGGGGCUGUUUGGCCACGGCCCUCUGUACAAAAUGAACCUAUGUUCUCUGGGGUCUGGUCUUGCCCCUGUACAGAAUAAACCUGUGUGCUAUGGGUCUGGGCCCGCCCCCUGUGCAGAAUGAACCUGUGUGCUCUGGGUCUGGCACCGCCCUCUGUGCAGAAUGAACCUGUGUGCUCUGGGUCUGGGCCCGCCCCCUGUGCAGAAUGAACCUGUGUGCUCUGGGUCUGGCCCCACCCUCUGUGCAGAAUAAACCUGUGUGCUCUGGGUCUGGGCCCGCCCCCUGUACAGAAUAAACCUGUGUACUGUGGGUCUGGCCCCGCCCCCUGUGCAGAAUGAACCUGUGUGCUCUGGGUCUGGCCCCGCCCCCUGUGCAGAAUGAACCUGUGUGCUCUGGGUCUGGCCCCGCCCCCUGUACAGAAUAAACCUGUGUACUGUGGGUCUGGCCCCGCCCCCUGUGCAGAAUGAACCUGUGUGCUCUGGGUCUGGGCCCGCCCCCUGUGCAGAAUGAACCUGUGUGCUCUGGGUCUGGGCCCGCCCCCUGUGCAGAAUGAACCUGUGUGCUGUGGGUCUGGGACAUGAAAGGGCCACAGC